AUGGAGGAGGAAGAGUACAGGCAGAAUGAGGUUACAGACGGUUGUAGCCAAGCUGAUCCAAAUGAUGAUGAAGGUGCUUAUGUUAGUGAGGAAGACCUACAAAGUUUGUCUAGUUCAGAUGAGGAUGGUAAUGCCAGGAGGAGAAAAAGAUCCAACAACCAAUUCAAUCAUGCAACAAACAUGGAUAACUUCAGAUUUAAAUUAGGCAUGCCUUUUGCUACCGUGGACCAAUUUAGGACUACAUUGAAUGAGCAUUUUAUUAAGAUUAACAGGGAGUAUGUUUGGUUGGCCAAUGACCAAAGGAGGGUAAGGGAAAAAUGCAAGAGUGCAGGCUGCAAUUGGGUCAUUUAUGCAAGAGUCCAACUGUUAGACAAGCGCUUAUUCAGGGUAAAUACAUUGGUGGAUAGGCACACGUGUGGAUUGGUUUUCAACAACAAACAUGCAACCUCCAAUUGGCUUGCAAAGCAUUAUCUUGAACAGUUCAGAAUAAACCCAAACUUAACUUGCACAGGUUUCAUGCAGCUAACAACACGUACUCAGUUUUCAAGAACAACAAGGUCAACUUUCUACAGAGCAAAGAAUUGUGCAAAAGUGAUGUUAGAAGGGACUAUAAGGGAACAAUAUGCCAUACUGGAAGAUUAUUGCAAGCAACUGUUAGAGACAAAUCCUGGGAGCACAUCAAUAUUGAAAACCAGAAUGCAGGAUGGAAAGAGGUUAUUUGAAAUGGUGUAUAUAUGUCUUAAAGCUUGUAAAGAUGGAUUCCUCAAUGGUUGUAGGCCCCUUAUCUGCUUGGAUGGUUGUUUUUUAAAAGGAUAUUGCAAAGGAAUGUUAUUAGCUGCAAUUGGCAUUGAUGCAGCAAAUUCCAUGUUUCCAGUGGCUUAUGUUGUAGUGGAGAAGGAGCACACAGGCAGCUGGACAUGGUUUUUAAAUUUAUUGAAGGAGGAUUUGAAGAUUGAUGAACCAAAGAGAAUAACAAUGAUUUCAGAUAGGCAAAAGGGCUUAGAAAAGACAUUAAGUACUGUAUUUCAAGGUUCGGAAGUGAGAUUCUAUGUGAGACAUAUGCAUGCCAAUUUCAAGAAGCAAUUCCCUGGACUCUUACUUAAGCAAAUAAUGUGGGCCGCUGCAAGGGCAACAACUAAAGUGGAAUGGAAAAAUAGGAUGAAUGAAAUUAAGCAAGAGAAUUUCAAGGUAUAUGAAUGGCUGAUGAAAAAAAACCCAGAAGAAUGGACCAAGUCUCAUUUCAGGGAGCAUGUGAAAUGUGACAUUCUUAUUAAUAACCUCUGUGAAAGUUUCAACAAUGCCAUUCUUGAUGCCAGAGAUAAAUCUAUUAUCACUCUGCUAGAAAAUAUUAGGCAUUGGAUGAUGAGUUUGUUCUGCAAUAGAAGAAUGAGUGUCUCUAAGUGGGUGCAUCCUGUUUCCAAAAGAAUUAUGGACAUCAUUGAGAAAAGCAAGAAUGUUGCUAAGCAUUGUUUCCCUAUGCUUCCUGCAAGGCAAAAAAAGAGAGGAAGACCACCAUCUCAGAAUCCUACUACUGAAACUAUUAAAAGGAAGGAGCGAGCUAAGAGACAGAAGCAAAGGAAUGGUGGUUCCACAUCUCAAACCAACUAA